UAAUGAUCAUUGAUCAAAGUGAAAGUGUAACAAGUAGAUCGAUACCCCGCCCCAAAAAUUCGCAGAAAAGGGAUCAGACAAACAUCCACACUCUAGGACAGAGCAAACACCAGAACAACAACUAGCUUUUGCUCUUUAAUGCUCUCUCUCUCUCUCUCUCUCUCUCUCUUCCCCAAAACUCGAUACUCUUGAUUCUCUUUCAUAUUUUCAUGAAAGCAGGAAAGAAACCCUUGUUUCUUUAAAGGAAAAAUUCAAAGAAUCACUUUAAAUUUCCCUUUUGCAGUGUCUCUGAUGAUGACAAUAAUAGGUGAUUUAAGAUGAGAUUAUGGCUGCUGUGUUGUUAUCAGAUAUUAUGGCUCAAAACAACAACAGCAAUGCCAGUGAUGAUGUUAAACCCACCAUUUUACAUGACUUUCUUGGCCGGGGAUGUGCUCCGGUGACCAAGAUCGCCGCCGCUAGUGAUGUUGCCAGUGCUUCCUCCCCUUCUGCUUCAGUCUCCGGUGGUGGUGGUGGUGGCCGUGGCGGUGGGCCGGUCUCAACCACUUCUGAUCUGGGUUCUGAAAGGCAAGCUGGAUUACACCUCGAAGGGGUACCAUUCUAUGGUCAAAAAACCGAUUUUUCAACCUCCCAGAUUAGGUAUUCGGGUACCAAACGCAGCAACUCAGAUUCUAUUUUCAUGGCGCCUUCAAGAGAAGCCAUCCCACAAUUGCGACCAGAUUUUCCUGAAACCUCACACUUAAUGAAGAUGCUGAGAAAUGUAGGAGGAGAACGCCAUAGAUGGCCUCAUGAGGAUGAAUCAUUCAUGGGUAUGCAUCAAAUGAGGCCAACAUCAUCAUCAUCAUCUCUAAUGCUACAACAACAACAACAACAACAACAACCACCACCUGGUAAACCUGAUCAUUCAAAUUCAACAAAAUGGGAACGAGCCAUUCCUGUAAACGUUGGGCCUGUACUUCAGUACCCUCCACCUGCUGCUGCUCAAGUUGUACAGUACAAGUAUCAACCUGUUCAAAACAGAUUCAAAGAUGCCAAUACCAAUAUCAAUAUGAACGUGAAUGUGGGUCCCUCUUUGAUUUCCCAAUCAGCUGCUGAUGAAGGUUCCAGAACUGGAAUCAAAGGCUCCGGGAUUUUGACCUCCUCCGGCAAUGGCGGUGGCGGCAGUGGUGGUGGUGGAGUGGCUGAGCCAGGUGGCAGUAAACAGAAGUCGGUGAUUGGUAAUACUGAUUCAGGCUCUACCCCAACUCGCCAGAUGACUAUAUUUUAUGGUGGUCAAGCUCAUGUGUUUGAUGAUGUCCACCCAAACAAGGCUGAUGUAAUAAUGGCUCUAGCUGGAUCAAAUGGUGGAUCAUGGUCUACAAGUUUCUUACCCAAUUCAUCUGUAAAACCAUCCGGAGGUCAAGUGAUGAAAGAUGGAGAACAAAAGAGUGAAGAGAAGCAGUGAUUAAUUAAUUUAGGAACUUUUAAAGGUGGUUUUAGACCUGGCCGGGGACGAAUACUUUGUCUUCAUAUGUCACGGGAUCGAAUGGGCUUCCACUAGCGAAAAUUGCUCGACCCUAUGCAAUCACUUAGUUCUGUUAUAUUGUGAAAUGACGAAAGUAUCCUUUGACCGUUUGAAUAAAAAAAUUGAUAGUAAGUUUAUUUACUUGGCUCCAUGUGUAUGCUUCUUCGGCGGUACACUCGGCUUGUGAGGUUGGAUUCGAUAGAGCCAUAAUGAGUGGUUUCUACACGCGAUUUUUAAUCGAAUUAAUUUCGAAUUUCUUAAAAUAAAUAUUUAUUGUGUUAAAAAAAGAAAAAAAUAAUAAAAAUGAAAACGAACCUCGUUGUUAGAUGACAUGGCCUCGACAACUUCUUGUGUAAAUUGUCUCCCAACUCCCGAUGUUCCUAUUAGCACUGUGGGUUUGAUUUCCUGUAUUAGAAAGUUAAACAUAUAAAAUGUUUGUUUGGAGUAAGUGUUGUAUACAUAGAGACAAUUUCUUUUUUGGAUGUUUAAACGUGAGUAAAUG